GCUGUACCCGCCACAGCGCGCUUCGGAAGGCCGGAGGGAGGGAGAGGCCUGUCAGUCUCGCACGUUGCCUGGGAGAAAGGGGCGGAGCUUUGGCGUGGGGCGGCCAAUAGUGGGGGUGGCUGCGUGGGUCGCCAUGGGGACGGGGCUGUUCCCGGGGAGGCUGUGAUGGGUUGACAGGUGCGUGACAGUGGGAGCUGCUCUCGGCACAAGCAUGUACGGCAAAGGCAAGAGUAACAGCAGCGCCGUCCCGUCCGACAGCCAGGCCCGGGAGAAUUUUCUAGUUGCUUACAGCAGGAGAGCAAGUUGAGAACCAUAUUCUCCUCCAUGGCAUAAGUGGAAAUUUGAUGUCAUGUGCUAAUUGAUGUUACAUCAGUGAAAUAGAGUGCAGAAAGAUUUCCAAGGUUAGCACUCUACGUUUAUGAAUAUCUGCUUCAUGUAGGAGCUCAGAAAUCAGCCCAGACAUUUUUAUCAGAGAUAAGAUGGGAAAAAAACAUCACGUUGGGGGAGCCACCAGGAUUCUUACAUUCUUGGUGGUGUGUAUUUUGGGAUCUCUACUGUGCAGCUCCAGAGAGACGGGAAACGUGUGAACACUCGAGUGAAGCAAAAGCCUUUCAUGAUUAUAGUGCUGCAGCAGCUCCCAGUCCAGUGCUAGGAAACAUUCCCCCAGGAGAUGGCAUGCCAGUAGGUCCUGUACCACCAGGGUUCUUUCAGCCUUUUAUGUCACCUCGGUACCCUGGAGGUCCAAGGCCCCCAUUGAGGAUACCUAAUCAGGCACUUGGUGGUGUCCCAGGAAGUCAGCCAUUACUCCCCAGCGGAAUGGACCCGACACGACAACAAGGACAUCCAAAUAUGGGUGGACCAAUGCAGAGAAUGACUCCUCCAAGAGGAAUGGUGCCCUUAGGACCACAGUCUGACCCUUGGUUAUCAUUACAGAACUAUGGAGGUGCAAUGAGACCCCCACUGAAUGCUUUAGGUGGUCCUGGAAUGCCUGGAAUGAACAUGGGUCCAGGUGGCGGUAGACCUUGGCCAAACCCAACAAAUGCCAAUUCAAUACCAUACUCCUCAGCAUCUCCUGGGAAUUAUGUAGGUCCUCCAGGAGGUGGAGGGCCACCAGGAACACCCAUCAUGCCUAGUCCAGCAGAUUCAACCAACUCUGGAGAUAACAUGUAUACUUUAAUGAAUGCAGUACCUCCUGGACCUAACAGACCUAAUUUUCCAAUGGGCCCUGGGUCAGAUGGCCCCAUGGGUGGAUUAGGAGGAAUGGAAUCACAUCACAUGAAUGGCUCUUUAGGCUCAGGAGAUAUGGACAGUAUUUCCAAGAAUUCUCCCAAUAAUAUGAGCCUGAGUAAUCAACCCGGCACUCCAAGGGAUGAUGGUGAAAUGGGGGGAAAUUUCUUAAAUCCUUUUCAAAGUGAAAGUUACUCCCCUAGCAUGACAAUGAGUGUGUGAUCCAUUACCACGUCUCCUCAUGAAAACCACAGUGAGUCAGCCCUUCACAGAACUACUACAGAAGAAAAUUACUCAUCACAGUGUACAGUCAAAGGAAUCUCAGUCACACCAAACCAACCUUUUUAUUUCCUGCUCUCUCCCCUAUUUUGUGAAGAAAGCGGGUCCAACCGUGAUUCAAACAACUGUACGGAGCGGCAUAUUAGAAAUUGCCCUAAACUGAACUGCAAAUAAGUAUGUGUGUAUGUACAUGUGUGGGGAAGAGAAUGUGCUGUAUAUGUGUAUGUUAUAAGGACAUAUACACACACAUACAUCGACCCACCGGACAUUGUAAAAUAUUAUCACAUGACAUCUUCAGUAGAAAUAAGUAGGGACUUUUAUUCCAUCCUUUUUUUCACGUUUACAUUUUAAUUAUUAAAAGUUGCUCCUGCCCCCUCCCUGAACUAUUUUGUGCUGUGUAUAUCACUGCUUUAUAUAAGUUAUUUUUUAAGGUGAACUCAGAUGUUAUGGUUUUGUAAAUGUCUGCAAUCAUGGAUAGGAAUAAAAUCGCUUAUUUGAGAGCUUUCAUUAAA